UAUAGGUAUUUGUCACGUUCAAAGCGAGGUCGCAAAUUUUCGUUGCAAACGCUGUCCUUAUGAGUGGCAUUGGUUAAGAACAACUCCACUUCGACCUGUAAUAACAUAUCCAGGUUCCUUAGUACCUAGACUGUAGUUUUAACAGGCACUUAACAAGUGAGCUACACUAAACCUACGAUACUGGUAGCUUCUCGCCGCAACGGAAGAGCCUAAUCGCUCCAAAACUCACAAGUAAGCUCCGCUCUCAGGAUCUCUCACGAGAAGUGGAUUUUGGUUGUUUCAUAAUAUUUUGUCGUGUUUUUAUUACCGCUUGUUUAACGGAGCCGAAAUUCGAAUACAGCGUGUUGGCUGUGUGGAUUUUACAGGACCAACUGGUUUUCUCGGCUUCAAAUAAUGUUUAGAUUGUUCCUCGAGUGCCGUUUCGCGCAGAUAUUACAUCACAUGUGUGCUAGCAGACUUGGUACUUAUCAAAACAGAGCCUGGACUUUUAAAAUUGAACACAAAAUUCCGUUACAGCAAAAUUUCGUGGACUCUUAGUUUCUAUUAAUGCCCGCAAAGCAAUCAUCGGUCUCGUUUGUACAAACUAUAUAGACAUAGACUAUAUAGGCCUACAAGUUGCGGCAAUGUCGAGGGUUUGUCUGUAAUUACAAUUACCAAAGUUGAUUUAGAUUAUGACUAUUAGACAAGAAGUUUCAAUAGGACGUUCAGCAAAAAGGGCGUUGCAGACUUUGACAAAAGUAUUAAUCUAAAUCUAUUUUAUUUGAUCGGUUUAGCUGUUGCUAUAGCCUCUAAAGUUAUUAUUCUAUUUUAUUUGUUUACCACUAGAAGCGAAAUUGCAUUGUUUUAAAAUGGUAGAUACGAAUCUACAAUUGCCAAAUAACAAAAACACGCCGUCUGGUAGUAGCCCGCCAUAUUGGAAUAUUACAACAAAGCCGCACAAAAUAUGGCGGCCGAUCGACCCUGACGACCCCGCAAGACCACCCAACUAUUUUCCGAUGUUUAGCGGCUACCCUUACAAUUCUGCAUAUGCCAGUAAUCACCAACAGUGCCUGGAAAAACUUUUUGCUGAAAAUUAUUUGCUACACAGCCAACGAGUUAAAGACAUUUAUGCAGCAAACACAUCAAGAACUGCAUUUCAGACGCGGCAGUUUGAUCACACAAGUAUGCAAAAUGCCGACAGCUCUGCGCAGAGAUUACAAACACCAGAGUCUCCGGAAAUGAAUAAACCAGAUGAAACAGCAUCUAGAUCGGUUCAGAGUAGUCCUGCAAACUGCCUCUCCCCACGAACCGAAAAUAUAGAUAUCUUGAAAACUAAGAAACGUACGACACGGAAGCGGACGCGAGCCGCUUUUACACAAGCGCAAGUUAGCGCUUUGGAGCAGCGAUUUAUUCAACAAAAAUAUUUGACCGGCAAUGAAAGAACAGAAUUCGCACACGCGUUGCAGCUGACCGAGACACAGAUUAAAAUAUGGUUCCAAAACAGGAGAUACAAAACAAAACGUCGUCUCAGACUGGCAUCUGAAAUGUGGGCAGCCGCGGCACAGCAAGCACAACGCGCUGCUUUCGCGCUUGGUGUUCCUACAGGGAUGUGUUAUCCCAACCUCAUACCUGCUUAUUGUGGAAAGUUAGCACCUUUGAGAUUACAAAGUUUUCCGGAGCCGUUGCCGUUUUCACCACCGAAUAGAAGCAGAAUGUCCAACGAAAUGUUUACUGAUAAAAACAAUUACUAAUCAAAGCGAAACAUAUUCGUCUACUGUUAUGUUUUAAAGAGAUUGUCAUGAAUUAUGAAACUGGGCGACUAUCAAUACAACAUCUUUUCUUUCUGUA